GUGUUGCAGUUCCGGAGCGCGGCCGCGCCGUUGUCGGGACGGGCAGCAUGGGGUUCACGUUGGAAAGCCUGAGGGAGGCCAUGAAGUACAUGGUAGAGUCGCAGGGCUUCGACCGAGUGCUCCGCAAGAUGAAACUUCUUUCUGCAAGUCCUGGAAAAGUUGUUUGUGAAAUGAAAGUAGAGGAGGAGCAUACAAACAGAGGUGGUACAUUACAUGGAGGUUUGACAGCCACACUUGUGGAUGUGGUGUCAACAACAGCGUUGCUGUACACAGAAAGAGCACUGCCAGGGGUCAGUGUGGACAUGAACAUCACAUACACUUCUGCUGCCAAGAUUGGAGAAGAGGUACUGAUUACAGCUCAGAUUUUGAAGCAAGGAAGAAAUCUUGCAUUUGCCACAGUGGAUUUAACAAAUAAGGCGACAGGAAAGUUAAUUGCACAAGGGAGACACACAAAAUAUCUAGGAAAUUAAUAUAAGUAGUAUAAAAAAUAGUAAUUUGAGGCUGUAUAGAAUGAUUUUCUCAAUGACACAAUAACACAUUAUCUGCACAAAGUUGUGGUCAUCUGCAUUAUAUAAAGUGAGUUUGUCUCACUCCCAUAAUAAGCAAACAAAUUUCUUAAUUGCCACAAGCCUAAAAUUAGUGCCUAUUUGGAAAUGAACAGCAGAGUGUGAUAGCAUGGGGAUACAUCUGGCAGUUUUUGGUCAAGAUACCAGAAGGAAAGAGCAUUUGGACUAGCCAUAUGGUUUACCAGCAUGACAGUGCUUUAAGAGGCCUGUUCUUUUUGCCUAUGGUGAUGUCUUGUGACAAAGCAACUCCGUCUUCAGGCCCAUCACAGUCACUUUCAAACAACACUAUACAUGCUUACACACUGACCUACGUUCUGUAAGGUGGUAGUGAUACAGUAAAAUUCAUCUUGGUGGAAACAAAGACUUGCUGAGGAAGAGCAAUUGAACAAAUGGAAUUUGCAAGGGCAAGGUACUAAUGUUCCAACCAUGCACAAUGGAUAAGGAGGUACUUUGAUUGCUUGAUGAGGAAGCGGACUAGACCUAAUCAGACCAUCUUUAAAGAUCAUGGAAGGACAAAAACAAGUUUUGCAAUUCUAAAGUGCACAAACUCAUUGAGACCCUAGGAGGUAACAUGGGCAUGCAGGACUGUUCCAGGAAACCUAAUGUAUAUGCAUAGGCUUAAGAACUAUAAAGCUACUACUUUGUCUUGUUAGGAUGCAAGAUCUGAGACACAAGCCUCCUUGCACCAAAACUUGUGCAGCUUUGUAAUAAAGAUUGCCUGCCUUCUAAAACUUAAAA